AUGAUGCUGAGCAGAGCUGAGCACAAAGGCGUAUGUCAGCUGUUAUCUUCAGUUAUGUCUGGAACAGACUUCCAUACUGACAGAGAGGAGGAUUACAGGUUCCUUCACAGCAUGUUGAUGGAAAAAAAGCUCCAUCUGCUGUUUAAGAUUCACGAACGACUGAAGCAUUUUGAGAAGCGAAGCCCCGUUCCCAUCCAGGAGCACGCAGCGAGUCUGGCCUCAGAAUUGGCAGAAGAGCUGCUGUACCAAGGCUGGAGAGAUGAAGUCAAAGAACUGCUUACACUCAUUUCCAAACCUCAUUUUAAGAGUCUCCUGCGUACCCAUGAUUCUGUAGCUCAGAGAGACUUUGAGCCUGCCCUGCCACCCCUACCUGAUAAUGCAAUGACAGAAGAAGAAGAUUCGGUCAAAAUUGUGACCCUGGUCAAAACCAAAGAGCCCCUGGGAGCAACAAUUAAGAGAGACAAAUCCACAGGGGCUAUCGUUGUUGCCAGGGUCAUUAGAGGAGGUUCAGCUGACAAGACCGGUCUGAUUCAUGAAGGGGAUGAGCUGAAGGAGGUGAAUGGAGUUUCACUGGAGCACAGAAAGCCCAAAGAAAUCCUUCCCCUUCUGGCUUGCUCUAAGGAUGCUGUUAAAUUGAAAAUCAUUCCUGGAUCUCCUAACGAGGACAUGUCAUUACGGUUGACAAAGUUGUUUGUUAGGGCUCUGUUUGACUAUGAUCCCACGGAGGAUCCCACCAUCCCCUGUAAGGAGGCAGCAGUGGCCUUUAAAAGAGGUGACGUCCUCCAGGUUGUCAGCACGGACGAUGAUACCUGGUGGCAGGCCUGUCGCCUUGGAGACGGCAGCAGUCGAGCAGGCCUCAUCCCUUCGAAGCAGCUGCAUGAAAGAAGAGUUGCAUUGCAACGACCCAGAGCCCUGUUCAAGAAUCUUCAAACCAAGCCAGCAGAUGACAGUGAAGUCACAGAGGAUGUGGACUAUGGAGCUAUAACAGGAAUUCACAUUGCUGGUCUAAGGAGGAGUUUCCGACUCGGACGAAAAAGCAGCAGAUCCAGGAAAACUACUCAGUUACGGAGGUGGAACUCUGAGGUACACGGUGCCAUCUGUCCUCCUACUUAUAUAGAGGUGGUGCCCUACCAUAAGGAGCCAAAUGACAGACACAGACUCAUUGUGCUGGUUGGGCCCAGCGGAGUUGGCGUGAGCGAACUGAAGAGGAGGCUGGUGAUUUCUGACCCGGACCGCUAUGGCGUCAGUGUGCCGUACACAACACGGGAGAAGAAGAGUAAAGAGAGAGAAGGGGUGGAUUAUCAUUUUGUUACAGUUCAGGCGUUUGAAGAGCUCAUUCUUAAUCACAGGUUUGUGGAGUAUGGACAUUACAGAGGUAACUACUAUGGGUCAAAUCUGGACUCUGUCCAGAGAGUGAUGGCUGAGGGAAAAGUGUGCCUCCUGGAUGUGCACCCAAGUAAGAUAAAACUUGUUUACACCUCUGAAUACAAACCAUACAUUGUGUUUGUGAAGCCUCCAAGGAUUGAGGAGCUUCGCCUCACCAGGCGGAGAGCUAAAUUUGUCUGCGAGGAGGACAGUAAACAAGUCAGGAUGUUUACAGAGGAGGAUUUUGAGGAGAUGAUUGACCUAGCUGAACUGUUGCUCAGUCAGUAUGGUGACCUGUUUGAUAAUGUAAUUAUCAAUGGAGAUAUUGCUGUUGCAUUCAGAGAGCUGAAAGCAGACAUCGAGAAGAUAGAUGCGGCAGAAGUCCAGUGGGUUCCUGCAGCAUGGAUGCGCUCCACACCAAGCAAAGCCUGGAGAAGCUGCAGCAGUUUGACUGGCUGGAUUUGAACGGGGAUCACUUACAGUCAAACCAAAUAUUCCUUAGAGCUCGUUUCACACAGUCUCUUUGGAAGUGAUGAACACUUACUUCCUGCGUGUAUAAGUGUUACAUUUGGGUUUAGAACAUUCAGAUAUUAAUUUCUGCUAUUUUCAUUAUUUUCAUUAGUUUUCAUGAUUCCCAGCCUCUUGAGAUUUUUUUCACCAUCUAGUUUGAUUGAAUCCAUCUCCCUUUCCUCUUAAUGCUUUCUCCAUUUGUCUCAGACUUAGUUUCUCUGCUGGCAUUUAACUGACACAACUGUAAUUUGGCGAACGAGGGAAAAAAAACAAAAACGGCCCUGUAAGGAGUUUGUGGCUGGGUGUCAUCCUUUGCUGCCAAGUUGCAAACAUCCGCAGGGAAUUAUUUUGACAGCUGCUGCACUUCAAUUAACUUUAAUGUACACCAGUGAAACAUUAGAAGCAGACAUCGAGGCUUUUUGCCAACUGUGUUCUGCAUAAAACAUACACAAACAUGAAAACAAUCCUUGGCCAGAGCAAAAAAAAAACAUUCAGUACCUUAUGGAGGUAUUCAUGCUUGAACUUUGUCAUAUUGCUGCAGUGUAUAAAAGCCUUUUGCUACAUUUACAGCAGUAGGAAUUUGAGGCAUGUAUAAGUUUUACGAAUCUAGAAACCAAACUAUUUAGUGGGUUUUCUGGCAAAGUUUGUGUAAGGCCACUCAGACUAAAUUUAGAGCAUUUGUUGACAACAGAUUUUCAUAUUUGAACACUGAUUCUUAGUCAAAUGUAGG